AGCUCAAGAUUAUUCGUAUUCUCUUUUCAGCUUACAGAAUAUUUACUGAUAAAAUUCUGACUUAAACUUUUACAAUUGUUUAAUAUAUGUCAUGAUUUUUUAGUUCUUUUUAUUCUUAAACAUGGUAGUAAAAAAUGAGGAGCUACAAGAACAAACGAAAAGGUUACGUUUUAAAACAAAUGUUCAUAGUUCCGCGGAUAUAGAUUCAAAGUUUGCAAAAGAAACAAAACAAAAAGUGUCUGACAAGUCAUCGUCGUUAUUCGCAUUUUUGCACGUUGAAUUGACUCGAGGAUAUCUUUUGGAGCACGAUGAGGAAAGGUUUUCAGCAAGAAGAGAGAAAGUUUACUCGUUUAUCAAAAUUCCACAGGAGUUGGAGAAGUUCAUGGUGUAUGGAUUUUUCCAAUGCGCCGAUUCGCUUCUGUUUGUUUAUACAUUUUUGCCGCUAAGAUUUAUAAUAGCAUUUUGGUCUUUUUUUCAUAGAUUAUUUAGAAGAUGUUUUCGGUUUAAUUUACAUCAACAUGAAAGUAUAUUAAAGCCGGCUGAGACUUGUGAUGUACUUAAAGGGUUUAUAUUAUUAAUAUGUAGCAUAUUAAUGUGUUAUAUUGACACAAACAUGAUGUAUCACUUGGUUAAAAGUCAGAGUGUUAUGAAGUUGUACAUAUUUUACAACAUGUUGGAAGUUGGGGAUCGCUUAUUCUCAGCAUUUGGUCAGGAUAUUAUUGAUGCUUUGUUCUGGACGGCCACUGAACCUCGGGACCGAAGAAGAGAACAUCUUGGUGUUAUUCCGCAUUUUAUAUUUGCAAUGACUUAUGUGUUCCUUCAUAGUCUACUAGUGUUGUUCCAGGCCACCACUUUAAAUGUUGCUUUCAAUUCUAAUAACAAAAGCUUGCUAAUGAUUAUGAUGUCAAAUAAUUUUGUUGAGUUAAAAGGGAGUGUUUUCAAGAAAUUUGACAAGAACAACUUAUUUCAAGUGUCGUGUAGUGAUGUGAGAGAGAGGCUGCAUCUCUCUGUUCUGCUCUUUAUAGUUGUGUUGCAAACUAUGAAAGAGUAUCUGUGGAGAGAAGAUCGAUUUUGGAUACUCGCCCCUGAUUGUGUUCUUGUGUUGACAUUUGAAGUUAUAAUUGACUGGGUUAAACAUGCAUUUAUCACUAGGUUUAAUGAAAUCCCGUAUGGUGUAUACAGAGAAUAUACAGUAAGCUUGGCCUAUGACGUUGCACAGACAAGGCAGAAAUAUGCAUUUAGCGACCAUUCAGACUUGGUAGCUCGGAGAAUGGGUUUCAUUCCUCUACCACUGGGAGUUGUCAUUACAAGAGUUCUGGUCCAUGCUGUCAAAAUUGAUGGAUUUGCAGCAAUGUUUCUUAUAAUUCUGGCUUACUUAUGCUUGAUAACAGUGAGGGUUUUGGUUUCAAUUGUAAUAUUGGGCAAGGCUUGUACACUUAUCUCACAACAUCAAAUGGACAAAAAUGACAGCUAUCACACAACACCUAAAAGAGAACCGAAAGAAGUCACAAAAGAAAUAUCGUUUAGUAAGCCCGCAGAAUCUGAAGCUCCUCUCGCAAGGAAGCCGGUGCAACUGAAGUUUCAGAUUCCAGAGGACGUUGUUAUUAGCGAGCCCCUAGUUGAUGCGUCGGCGGGCGCGGCCGCCAUAUUCUCAAACAGUGCCAUUGAUUUAAACGGCGUGUGUUAUAAUGACAAAAUGAACCCUCAAGUGAAACAGGAAUCGGGAGAUUUCCUCGAUACAGAACUGGCGGACGUCAGCCGCAGCGCGCCGGACAUAAAGGUUGCGUCUGGCGAGCCCAGUGCCCCGGAGCGGCCGCGCUCGCCCGACGUCGACGGCCUCAAGCGUCGCGCCGAGUCAGAGCCCAACCUCGCCACGCCCGACGACGCCCCACACUCACCACACUCACCACACUCACCACACUCACCACACGCCCCACACGCCCCGCACGCCCCGCACGCCCCGCACGCCCCGCACGCCCCACACGCCCCACACGCCCCACACUCCCCACACUCCCCGCACGCCCCACACGCCCCGCACUGA